AUGGAUUCAGACGAACUUUUCAACUUACGCCAACAAUUCUUCACUGCACAAUAUGAAAAAGUCAGUGAAAUCAACAUUGAAGAAUAUUUUGAUGAAUCACAAACCAUUGCUCGUGAAUAUAAGCUAAGGUCAUUAUUAGCUCUUAAUAAACAUUCAGAAGUCCUUUCAGAAGUCUCAUCAGGAUCAGAUGAAUUUUCAAAAGCUUUCACAUUAUAUACCAAACAUUUAAAAGGUGAUUCUUCAAUUGAAGAAGAAUUCAACCAAUUAAUCAGUGAAUCCGGUAAAUCAAAUUGGAUUGUUCAAUUAUUAGGUUCAUUUUAUUUGGUUUCACAAGAGAAGUUCGAUGAAGCUAUCAAUUUAUUGCAACGUCAUGAACAACAAUUGGAAGCUGUUUUAUUAUUAACACAAUUAUUCAUUCAUCAAAAUAAAUUAGAAUCUGCUGAAAAGGAAAUUUCAAUAGCUUCAAAAUAUGCAAAUGAUUCUAUAAUUUUCAACUUAGCUGAAGCUUAUUUAAAUAGUAUUAAAAAUGGUGAUUCAUUAAGAGGUUCAUUAUACUUUUUCGAAGAAUUAAGUCAUACAAAUCCAUCAUACAAGGCUUUAAUUGGUCAAUUAGUAUUAAACUUACAAUUACAUCAAUUCCCAGAAGCUGAUGAAGUUUUCAGACAAUUAAAAGAAUUAGGUAUAGUUAAGAGUGAUUUGAUUGCCAAUGAAAUUGCAUAUGCAAGUAUUACAGGUGAUAAUGAAACUGUUGUUUCUAAAAGAGCUGAAUUAGAAGCAUUAGAACCAAAUCAUCCUUUCGUUACUGAUUUGAAAGCAAAAAAUGAAUUAUUUGAUAGUAUAGUUGAAAAAUACUCUGAACAAAUCGUUAAUUAG